AUGAUGAUGCAAUACAGGCAUGAAGUAUCCGCGACAGAAUAUUUUAGUGCAAAGAGGGAGGAUAUUGUUCAUACCUUCAUCUGCAAUGACUGCCGCAACCGCCCUGCAACGCCUGACAUCAGCCUAAACACCAGCCUAAACUUAGAAAAUGUCGCGCAGUCGACUAUGCUUGAGGCAUCCGAGGAUCCUGCUUUGCUUCCACGGUUCGACAUUUCGCACGAUUUCGGAUUGUCCGACGUGUCAGCGUCAGAAGACAUAGCGCUCACCCGAACGUCCGAGUUCGAGCCUUUUGAUUUGACAAGAGCCGAAGUGCAACCGCCCGUUGUGAUCGACGAACGUAAUCUUCCAGAGCCAGCUGUAUCCGACAGUGUACUAACUCAGCCCGAAACCAUAGAAUACACCGUUGUAGGCGCAGGAACCAAAAGAGGCAAACCAAAGCUAGUUUCCUCCGAUGGAUAUUCAUUUACGUUUAAGAAACAGACAAAGAAGCAAGCUGUGUGGCGAUGCAGCGUGCGACGGAAAGCGUUCAUGUGUACCGCGUCGGUCACGCAAGAGAGUGACAUAUUUCAAGCGAAAGGGACGCACACUCACGCUGCUGACCCUUCGAUGCGAAAGAAAGUGGAAUUGAAACGUAAUUUGAAGACAGCGGCCGUGGCUGAUGUGUUCGCGGCCUCCCGUAGAUUGGUUGAUGACCAUAUGAAAGUUUUCGAGGCCACAGAUUUUAACCUGCCCAAGCCGCAGACAUUGACGAGGAUCCUCAACCGUGCCCGAGAAAAGCAUCGGCCAACAGAUCCAUCAUCACUUGACUUUGAGGUGGACACAAACUUCAUCGGAGAUGGUUUUCUACGCGGUGAUGUGCGUGUAGACGGGGAACGUCACCUCAUCUUCGCCAGCGACGAUCAGCUGAGCAGACUCCAGCAGUCAAACCGCUGGUUCGUCGACGGCACGUUCCACGUCGUCCGGAAUUUUUUAUCAGCUUCUAUCCGUGCACGCAUUCCUACGACACGAGGAUUGUCUGAAGCAGGUGCCUUUACUCUUCGUGUUGAUGUCACGCAGAUGGAAGGUAGACUACCUCGCCGUCUUCCGGCACAUUUUGGGUUUGUGGCGGGAAUAACCACAAGUCCAAGGAUUCGUAAUGGACUUUGA